AGUUAAAGGAAAAACAACCUAGGUGAAGAUUACAUGUAAUCACAUGCUGCUUGGUUUGUGUGGAAUAUGAGUAUGCAAAUGACUGUAUCAGUUAGAAGACUACCUUCAUGCGCUCUAAGAAGGACGCCUGCCCGUCUUCCUUGGAGUAGAUGAUCAGAAUGCUUUUGUUUCUUCUUCUGACAUUUUUAUUUUUUUUACCUUUUUCUUCAGAAAGUCCAUUAUUACAGGUUAUGUCCAGCCAUGUGACUCUCCAGGUCCCAGCACACACCCUGGAGGCCUUUGUCCACGAGGUCAGCAAUGUUCAACGUACACAUGUUGGGGCAUCCGAAGCCCUGCAGGCCGUGCACACACUCCCACCUGAGCAGAGCGGUGACACCCCCAGCUCUCCAGCCCAAAUUGCCCUGCCCAAGCAGGGGGACUUUCUCAAUUCCUCAGCAGAAGCCAUCCCAUCCGAGCAGGCUGACACUCCCAGUUUCCCAGAAAAGACCAUCCUAUCAAAAAAGAGAGAAAUUCUCAAUUCCCCCCAGAAGAACAUCUUGCCCAAGCAGGCUGCCACCCCCAGUUCCUCAACCCAAACCAUUUCACCAAAGCAGGGUGACAUUCCCAAUUUCCCAGAAAAAACCAUCCUGCCAAAAGAGGGUGUCAUUCUCAAUCCCCCCAGUAAAACCACCCUGCACAAGAAGGCCAACACCCCCAAGUCUUCAGAAAAACCCACCUCGCCCAAGCAGGGUGACACCCCCAAGCCCUCAGCCAAAACCAUUUUGCCCAAGAAGGCUGACGCCCCCAUCUUCCCAAUCCAAGCCAUUCUGCCCAAUCAGUCUUAUGCCUCCAAAUUCUCAGAAAAAACCAUCUCGACAAAAGAAGGUGACAUUUUCAACUCCUCAGCCAAAGUCAUUCCAUCAUGGCCGGCUGACUCCCCCAAUUUCCCAGCCAAGAUCAAUCCAUCAUGGCAGGCUGACUCCCCCAAGUUCCCAGCCAAGAUCAUUUCACCUAAACAGGCUGACUCCCCUAACUCCCCAAACCAAAUCCUCUCACCCAAGCAGACCGAUUCCCCCAAUUUCCCAGGCAAAAUCAUUUCAUCACGGCAGGCUGACUCCCCCAAGUUCCCACUCAAAACCACCCUGCUCAAUCAGGUGGGCAUCCCCACUUCUUCAGAAAAAAACAUCUCACCCAAGCAGGGCAAUACCCCCAAUUUUCCAGCAAAAUUCAGUUUGCCCAAGAAGAGUAAAACCCACAAGUUUACAACCAAAGCCAUUCUGUCUAAGCAGGGUGACACCCCAAAGUCCUCAGACAAAACCAUCCUGCCCAAGGAGGGUGAGACCACCAAGUCCUCAGCAGAAACCAUUCUGCUCAAGGCGAGUGAGAUCCCCAAGUCCUCAGCCAAACCCAUUCUGCCCAAGGAGGGUGAGAUCCCUGAGUCCUCAGCUGAAACCAUUCUGCCCAAGGAGGGUGAGACCCCCAAGUCCUCAGCCGAAACCACUCUGCUCAAGGAAGGUCAGACUCCCAAGUCCUCAACCCAAACCAUUCUACUCAAGGAGGGUGAGACCCCGAAGUCCUCAGCCAAAACCAUUCUGCCCAAGGAGGGUGAGACCCCCAAGUCCUCAGCCGAAACCAUUCUGCCCAAGGAGGGUGAGACCCCCGAGUCCUCAGCCGAAACCAUUCUGCCCAAGGAGGGUGAGACCCCCGAGUCCUCAGCCGAAACCAUUCUGCCCAAGGAGGGUGAGACCCCCGAGUCCUCAGCCGAAACCAUUCUGCCCAAGGAGGGUGAGACCCCCGAGUCCUCAGCCGAAACCAUUCUGCCCAAGGAGGGUGAGACCCCCAGGUCCUUAGAGGACACGGUCUGGCCCCCAGGAGGCAAUAGCCUGCAGUCAGAGGAAGACGCAGAGUUCCUGGAUGAGGACCUGGUGAAGGUGAUCCUGAGCAAAGAAGACUUUGAGGUGGCGCUAAAGGAAGCUGGGGAGCAGCUGGUGGUCGUGAACUUCUCGGCCACGUGGUGCCAGCCCUGCAAGACCAUCAAGUCCUUCUUCCAGACCCUGUCCCUGAAGCAUGAGGAUGUGGUGUUCCUGGAAGUGGAUGCCGACGAGUGCGAACAACUAGUGAGAGAGUGCAAGGUCGAUUGCGUUCCAACCUUUCAGUUUUAUAGAAAAGAAGAAAAGAUGGGCCAGUUUUCUGGUGCCCUGCACGAAAAACUUGAGACACUCAUUACAGAAUUAAAGUAAUCAUGUGUUACAAAAGCAUUAGAAAUAGUUGGCUAUUCAUAGCUUCUGAUCUUAUUUAUGAAAAAAAAUGAGGGGUGACGAAAGUAUGUGUUCGAGUGGCACCUGCUUGUAAAUCAGAAACAUUAAUUCUACCCUUUCUGAAAAGUCCUAAUGUCUGUUGUGCCCACGUUCUUGUUGAUGGAAUGGGUGUGAAAUUAUAAUAUCAUUUCCUCUGAUGUAGAUGGGAAGUCCAGCUGUCCUACUUCCCCCCACCUUUUUUUUUUUUUUCGGCCGUACUGCAUGGCAUGUGGAAUCUUAGUUCCCCAACUAAGGAUUAAACCUGUACCCCUUGGACUGGAAACCCAAAGUCUUAACUGCUGGACCAUCAAGGAAGUCCCUGUCCCCUAUUUUUUUAAUCUUGAUUUUUUUUUUUCACUCACUCUUGAAAAAAUUUUUUUCACUCACUUAUGUAGUCCUAGUGGCAACAUUGGAAAUUUAGAUAAUUCUUUUGUUGUUGUUGUUGUUCAGGAGGUAAGUUGUGUCCAACUCUGCCACCCUAUGAACUGCAGCAUGCCAUCCUUCCCUUCC